AUGGCGGAGCGCGCGAGGAAGCGGCCCUGUGGUCCGGGCGAACAUGGCCAAAGGGUGGAGUGGCGGAAGUGGAAGCAACAGAAAAAAGAGGAGAAAAAGAAGUGGAAGGAUCUCAAGAUGACAAAGAAACUAGAGCGACAGCGAGCGCAGGAGGAACAGGCAAAGCGCCAACAGGAGGAAGAGGCAGCUGCCCAGAGCGAGGAUCAGGGGCGGCACUACACCCUGAGCGUGGCCCUGCCAGGCUCUAUCCUGGACAAUGCCCAAUCACCAGAGCUUCGCACCUACCUGGCCGGCCAGAUCGCCAGAGCCUGCGCCAUCUUCUGUGUGGAUGAGAUUGUGGUGUUCGAUGAAGAAGGCCAAGAUGCCAACACUGUGGAGGGGGAAUUCAGGGGAGUCGGCAAGAAGGGGCAGGCAUGCGUGCAGCUGGCCCGGAUACUGCAGUACCUGGAGUGUCCACAGUACCUAAGAAAGGCCUUCUUCCCCAAGCAUCAGGAUCUGCAGUUUGCAGGGCUCCUGAACCCCUUGGACAGCCCUCACCACAUGCGUCAGGAUGAGGAGUCCGAGUUCCGAGAGGGCGUUGUGGUGGACCGGCCCACCCGGCCAGGCCAGGGCUCCUUUGUCAACUGUGGCAUGAAGAAGGAGGUGAAGAUUGACAAGAACUUGGAGCCUGGACUUCGGGUGACGGUGCGGCUCAACCAGAACCAGCUCCCAGAAAGCAAGACCUGCCGGGGGAAGGUCGUGUCGUCACAGGACCCUCGGACCAAAGCUGGUCUCUACUGGGGCUACACAGUCCGCCUGGCCUCCUGCCUCAGUGCUGUGUUUGCUGAGGCCCCCUUCCAGGACGGCUAUGAUCUGACCAUCGGGACGUCAGAGCGAGGCUCAGAUGUGGCCUCCGCCCAGCUUCCCAACUUCAGGCACGCUCUUGUGGUGUUUGGGGGCCUCCAGGGGCUGGAAGCUGGAGUGGAUGCCGACCCCAACCUGGAGGUGGCUGAACCCAGCGUCCUCUUCGACCUGUACGUCAACACCUGCCCCAACCAGGGCAGCCGCACCAUCCGCACAGAGGAGGCCAUCCUCAUCUCCCUGGCUGCCCUGCAGCCUGGCCUUACCCAGGCAGGUGCCCGGCCCAGCUGA